AUGCGAGAUUUGUUAGUUACAAAAGGUCCUAAAAGAGAUUGUUCUAUUGUGAAGGGUCCUAAGGAUAAAUUUUCUAGACGCUUUUUAGCUAAUUGGUAUACUAGAGUUUUGCCAAAUGGAGAGACAUGUGAUAGGGAUUGGCUUGUUUAUUCAAAAGAGCUUGAUAGAGUAUUUUGCUUUUGUUGUAAAGUUUUUAAAAGUGGGAUUACUAUUGGUCAAUUAGUAAAUGAGGGUUUUAGUGAUUGGAUACAUGUUAAUCAAAGACUGAAAGAGCAUGAGACUUGCAUGGAACAUGUUAAGAAUAUGACUACUUGGUAUGAGUUGCGUCAAAAAAAAAAUUUGGCCUUCCGUGGUCAUAAUGAGAAAUUGUACCAAAAUAGCAAUGGUAAUUUUUUAGGUUUAAUUGAAAUGGUAGCUGAAUUUGACCCAAUUGUCCAAGAACAUGUAAGACGUAUUACAGAUGACAAUCUUCAUGUUCACUAUCUUGGGCAUAGAAUCCAAAAUGAACUAAUACUUUUGCUUGCUUCUGAAAUUAAAAAUGAAAUUAUUAGAAAAAUAAAACAAGCAAAGUAUUUUUCAGUGAUACUUGAUUGUACCCCUGAUGUUAGUCAUCAAGAACAAAUGUCUUUGAUAAUACGAUACGUGAAUGUUUCUUCAAAUAGGAUUGAGGAAUCUUUCUUAGGAUUUUUGAAUGUGGAUGAUACAACAGGGCAGGGUCUUUUUGAUGUUUUACAAGAUGAAUUGAAAAAGCUUGAUCUAGACCUAUUUGAUGUGCGAGGACAAGGUUAUGACAAUGGGUCGAAUAUGAAAGGAAAACAUCAAGGUGUACAAAAGAGGUUUUUAGAUAUAAAUCCAAGAGCCUUUUAUACUCCUUGUGGUUGUCAUAGUCUCAAUUUGGUAUUGUGUGAUAUGGCAAACUCUUGUCGCAAAGCUAAAGAAUUUUUUGGAGUUGUUCAACGCAUUUAUACUAUUUUUGCCAAUUCUACCAAGAGAUGGCAAAUUUUAAAAGAUAAUGUAAAAGGGUUGACUCCGAAAUCAUUGUCAUCCACUCGUUGGGAGAGUCAUAUAGAUAGUGUCAAAGCUAUAAGACUUCAAAUGUCAGAUUUUAGAGAAGCUUUACUUGAAGUGUCGGAAAAUGAUUCAGAUUCUAAAAUAGAAAGUGAAGCCAAAUCCUUAGCAACAAAUGAACUUGGUGAUUUUAAGUUUUUAGUGGCGAUAGUUAUUUGGUAUGAAAUAUUAUUUGCAAUUAAUACGGUUAGCAAACUCUUACAGUCAAGUGAUAUGCUUAUUGAUUUUGCUAUGGAAAAAAUAAAGGGGUUGAUUUCAUUUUUUGAGGAAUAUAGAGAAACUGGUUUUAAAAAUGCCUUGAAUUAUGCUACGGAAAUUGCUCUUGAAUUGAACAUUGAUCCAGUAUUUUCUCAAAAGCGUAAAAUUCAAAGAAAAAGACAAUUUGAUGAGAAUUUGAGUACCGCGUCAGUUGAGCUAUCUGAAGAGGAAUCUUUUAGGGUUAAUUAUUUUCUUUACCUUGUUGAUCAAGCUGUUGUAUCUCUUAAAACGAGGUUUGAGCAAUACCAACAAUAUGAAAGUACUUUUGGUUUCUUGUUUAGUUCUCAAAAUUUACAAUUGUUGGAUGAUGCAACUUUGAACUCUUGUUGUAGUAAUUUAGAGGAAAGGUUGAAACAUAAUGAGCAGUUUGAUGUUGUUGGGAAAGAACUAUGUGUGGAGUUAAGGUUACUAAGAAAUAUGUUGCCUGGAGGAAAGAUGGGGCCUAUUGAUAUAUUAAAUUUUUUGAAAGGCAUGAAUUGUUUUCCUAAUACAAUUAUUGCAUAUAGAAUUUUAUUAACUAUUCCUGUGACAGUUGCCUCUGCAGAAAGAAGCUUUUCAAAAUUGAAGUUGUUGAAGUCUUACUUGCGGUCUACCAUGUUACAAGAAAGACUUAACGGCUUAGCAUUGAUAGCAAUUGAGAAUAAUCUCUUGGAUGACAUACAAUAUGAAGACUUGAUUGAUGAAUUUGCUUCAAAAAAUGCAGCAAGAAUGAGCCGAUUUAAGUAG